GUGGUUCCGGCUGUCAAGAUGGCGGCGGCAGCCACCCCGGCUUCCCUGGACUCGGCGCCCCGAAUCUUGCGCCUGGUGGCCGAGUGCAGCCGCUCGAGGGCCCGCGCGGGCGAACUGCUGCUGCCGCACGGGACGGUGGCUACUCCGGUGUUCAUGCCAGUGGGCACGCAGGCCACCAUGAAGGGCAUCACGACGGAGCAGCUGGACGCGCUGGGCUGCCGCCUCUGCCUGGGCAACACCUACCAUCUGGGUCUGAGGCCGGGUCCAGAGCUGAUCCAGAAGGCCCAUGGUCUCCACAGCUUCAUGAAUUGGCCCCACAACCUGCUGACGGACAGCGGCGGUUUCCAGAUGGUGUCCCUGGUGGCCCUGUCCGAGGUGACCGAGGAGGGUGUCCGCUUUCGCUCCCCCUACGACGGCGCCGAGACCCUCCUGAGCCCCGAGAAGUCGGUGGAGAUUCAGAAUACUCUGGGCUCGGACAUCAUCAUGCAGUUGGAUGAUGUGGUCAGCAGCACUGUGACGGGGCCGCGCGUGGAGGAGGCCAUGCACAGGUCUGUCCGUUGGCUGGACCGGUGCAUUGCUGCCCAUCGGCAGCCAGACAAACAGAACCUGUUCGCCAUCAUCCAGGGUGGGCUGGACAUGGAUCUCCGGUCUACCUGCCUCGAAGAGAUGAUUAAGAGAGACGUGCCAGGCUUUGCCAUUGGGGGCCUGAGCGGAGGCGAGAGCAAGAACCAGUUCUGGAAGAUGGUGGCGUUGAGCACCUCGAGGCUUCCCAAGGACAAGCCCAGAUACCUCAUGGGGGUCGGCUACGCCACUGAUCUAGUGGUCUGCGUGGCUCUCGGAUGUGACAUGUUCGACUGCGUCUUCCCCACGCGGACGGCGCGCUUUGGCUCCGCCCUGGUGCCCACCGGGAACCUGCAGCUGAGGAAGAAGCAAUAUGCGAAGGAUUUCCGGCCCAUCAAUGCCCAGUGCACCUGCCCCACCUGCCAGAAGCACAGCCGGGCCUUUCUGCACGCACUGCUGCACAGCGACAACACGGCCGCCCUGCACCACCUGACUGUCCACAACAUCGCCUACCAGCUGCAGCUGAUGAGCUCUGUGCGUGCCAGCAUCGUGGAGAAGCGCUUCCCCGACUUCGUGCGGGACUUCAUGCGCACCAUGUACGGAGACCCCACCCUCUACCCAGCCUGGGCCACUGAAGCCUUCGCUUCCGUGGGAAUCACGCUGGAUGACCCGCCGGGGGCUCCCCGGCAUUGGGGCGUGGGGGGCUAG